CGUGCCUGGGCAGCCUGCGGCACAGCUAACGGGGGGAACGGGGGAGCAGGGGAGGCAGGCUGCGCAAGGAGGGGGCAGCGAAAAGUGGCUUUGCCUCACUGCUGCUUGGGCGAUGCCGGCAGCGGUGGGGACCGGCGAAGAAGGGGCGGCUUGAGGCGGAGCAGAGACGGGGCCCAGUUCUGCCGGGGAUGGCCACUCUCCCCCACCCCCGGUGUGCUUGGCGUGCCUAGCGGCUUCUGCUGCAGAGCUACGCCGCUUGCUAUUUAGCCUGAGCUCGGCCCAACGGAAGCAGGGCCGGGCAAGGCGGAGAAGAGGAGCCGAGCCUGCUCUGCAUCCCCAGGCAGGCAGCCUCCUCUCCGAGUAGGCGCGGCCGCAGCCGCUCGGUGAGAGAGGCGGCAGAGGGAGCAGAGCAGAGCCGCUGCUUCUUCUUCCCCGGGCCGGAUAUAUAGUAUCAGAUCCAGAGAGGGAAGAGAGGUACAUGCUGCAGGAAGUUAAAGGAAAGGAAGAACAAGAAAGCACCAUGUCUUCAGUCUCAGCUUAUUACAAUGGAAAGACGGUACUUAUCACGGGAGCUACAGGUUUCAUGGGCAAAGUACUGGUGGAAAAGCUUCUGCGCUCCAGCCCUGAGGUGAAAGCAGUUUAUAUACUUGUUAGGCCAAAGGCUGGACAAUCAAUGCAAGAGAGAGUGGCCAACAUGUUGAAAUGCAAGGUCUUUGACAGGGUCCGAGAAGAUUGCCCUAAUUUCCACGAGAAGAUUAAGCCUAUUAAUGCUGAACUCACUCAGCCCAAGCUGGCCAUCAGUGCUGAAGAUGAGGAGGAGCUUCUGACCCGGGUCAAUAUUGUCUUCCACUGUGCAGCAACAGUACGCUUUGAUGAACCCCUGAAACACGCCCUGCAACUGAACGCAAUGGGUACGCAGCGGCUCCUAGAGCUGGCCCGGCAGAUGCAGAACCUCGAGGCCUUCAUCCACAUUUCCACCGCCUAUGCAAACUGUGUCCGGAAAUGCAUAGAUGAAGUCAUCUACCCACCCCCAGCGGAACCCAAGAAGCUCUUCGAUUUAGUAGAGUGGUUGGAUGAAUCUAUCAUUCAAGACAUCACACCCAAGCUGCUCGGGGACUGGCCCAACACUUACACCUACACCAAAGCCUUGUCAGAAUACCUGAUCCAGCAAGAGAAAGGAAAUUUGAACAUUGCUAUCAUCAGGCCAUCCAUCGUGGGAGCUAGCUGGCAUGAGCCUUUCCCAGGUUGGAUUGACAGCUUCAAUGGGACAAGUGGAAUAUUUGUUGCGGCAGGCAAAGGGAUUCUGAGGACUGUCAUCGCCAACAACGAAGCCGUGGCAGAUAUGAUUCCAGUAGACGUUGCCAUCAACCUCACCCUUGCAGCUGGAUGGUACACGGCUGUGCACAGGCCAAAAAACAUGUUGGUGUACAACUGCACAACAGGUGGAAUCAACCCUUUCUUCUGGGGAGAAAUGGAGCAGUAUGUCAUGUCCACGUUCAAAAGGAACCCGCUGGAGCAGGCCUUCCGAACACCCAAUGCUCACUUGACGUCCAACUACUUGAUAAACCAGUACUGGAUAACUGUCAGUCACAAGGCACCAGCCAUACUCUAUGACCUGUACAUGAGGCUCACGGGGAGAAAGCCCAGAAUGAUGAAGAUCAUCAAUCGACUUCACAAGUCAAUGAUGCUCCUGCAGUAUUUCUCCACCCAGUCUUGGGACUGGUCUUCAGAUAAUAUGAAUAUGUUAAUGAGUCACCUUAACACAGAGGACAAAAAGUUAUACAACUUCGAUGUUCGUCAGCUGCACUGGUCAGAAUACAUUGAAAGCUAUUGCCUGGGUGCUAAGAAGUACCUGCUAAAUGAGGACAUGUCUGGCAUUCCAGCAGCAAGGCAGCACUUACGAAAGCUGAGGAACAUCCGAUAUGCAUUCAACACCACCCUCCUUGUGAUCAUCUGGCGCAUUUUCAUUGCAAGGUCACAGAUGGCUCGAAACAUCUGGUACUUUGUGGUGAGCCUCUGCUACAAGUUCCUUUCCUACUUCAGGGCAUCCAGUACCCUCAGGCACUGAAGCCGUCCAUCAGCAACCAGCCUCUUCCAGAAGGACCUCCAUCUCCUCUAAUCAGCAACUAUGGGUGUCGGGGUCUGAAAGUAGCAUAAAAAUCUAUUCCCUCCAACAGCAGCCUGCAUUUAUUGCGCACUGUUGUAUGUUCACAUUUUUUAUUUUAAUUUAUGCUUUAAUACAUGGUGGUCUUUCUUCCAUAGGACCAGGCCAAUUUUUAAAGCCAUAAAUGAAGCUUUAGGAACAGGUCAAGCUGGAACCGUUCAUCUAGAGUCUGAUGUGCAAGAGUAAGGAUUAACCAAAGUCACUGUCUUCCCAUGUACUACCUAGGCUCUCCUAAUCCUAUCUUCUUCCUCAAAAGAGGCUAAUUUAAAGCAUACUACCUUAGGAGAAAAGGAUGCCAUCAGAGAAGACCCAGUCAAGGAAAUUAACCUGUAAGAGGUCUUCCUAAAGAGGCUAUUGUUUCAUAAUACCUUAUAGAAAAAACACCAUUUCAAAUUUUCAGUUUUUCAAAACUUAGAGGAGAAAAGAAUCAGUUACACUAGACCAGUGAACACACUGAACAGUUUUCAGAUCUUGUCUGAUAUUGCUACUGAGGACUGAUACUUUCAAGCCAUAACUGAAGACAUGCAUUGAGUUCAUGUACCUGUGUUAACUCUACUCACUCAUGAGCUGCUUGCUUAUGGAGAGGUAUUUAUUCUCUCUGUGGUUAAGGCUGCAGUCUAUUAAAACACCCUGUUCUUGGAUUUAUCACUUUUGCUUGAACAUUUUUUUUGGCUUGAAAAUAUGCUCUAUUUACUCAGAAAAUGAAGAGUAGACUUCUUAAAAGAUUGAAGAAGAAUUCAGAAACUCUUUAUUAUUUUUGAGGAAUAGGUCCUUUUCCCCCUUGGAUUUGUCUGUAGAAAACUUCUCUCCCGGUAGCUCAAAAAGAGCCUGAUACUGGCUUUCCCGCUUUCAUUACAGCUCAAUCACUUUGCAGUUGAUCACUUCUAUUGGCAAAAAAAGUGUAAAGACACGUAUGGAGGAAAUUCCAUCAGGCCAAUUCUGCUGCCUUUCCUGUCAGUAGAAGUUAGAAGUCUGAAACUUGUUUUUGUUGACAGUAGGAGAGGUUUCAUUGACUUCUGUUUUAAACAUACACUGUGAAGGUAACACAUUUUGUCCUACAUUGCAGCUUGAAAGGAACCCAAGGAUCUCCCUAACGCUCAUGGCUAUAGGAGAUACUUGUUUCCCCUAGUGAAGUAUGAAUUCCUGUGGGGAGAGAGAACCUUCUUCAAAGUAGCUGGUGCAACAACAGCCUUAGUGCAACAGCAACAAAUUUAUCGUGCUAUCUGAUGUUUCAAAGUCAAACCUAAUACUGGAAUAUUUUUUUAUUCAGAUAACACUGAAAAAGCACUUUAAGAUUGUCAGAAUUUCCAACAGCUAGUUUUUGAAACAAUGCAGCAUCCAAUUUCUCUAGUCUUGUGUCAUGUUAGCUGUUUGAAAAAGUAGUGCUAUGCCACAAAAAAUGACACAGUUGCUCUUUUGAGAACUGAGAAAAGCAGAGCAUUUACAAAGCCGGCUUUCUUCAAAAAUUGUCCUUGUUUUUUGCCACUGAAGGCAAGAGCAAGUUAAGAUGACAGUAUAUUUAUAUCAUAGGCCUCCAAGCUGGUUCAAAAGUCUUUCUAAAGGUGAAAGAAAUUAAUCUUCCCCCUUAUGCCCCAGAGGUCUGGUUUCAGGCAACUGCCAAAAGAUGCAGCAGAACGUGACCAGAAACAUGGUAUCUAAAAUGGCAGGACUCUGGCAUUCCCAAGCCAAGGCCCAUGUGUCUGUCACACGUUAAUUCUGAUCUAUGCUCAGUGAGGUCAAACAUCGAGUUUACAAAAUGCAAAAUUUCCAAGUUCUUGCCUUGAAAACAUACUUUCAAAGUGAAACCAUGCUGGUUGUUAGCUAUGUGUUUUCCAACUCCAGAAAGCUGGCAGUGCAUGCUGUGCACUGCACAUUAGCAAGGUGUCACUGCCUGGGAAACCAGGAGCCAUGGGUUCAGGUGCUAGAUACCAGACAUAUCACGUGCAAAGCUUCCAUAGCAGUGUAUAUGGUGAAGGUUAGCUGCAUUGCAUUUUGCUAACCUGGAAAUGUAGAGACUGUAGCUACUUUGCAGAGUGAGGGAGGUUGCUGUUGGGAUUCCUCUAGAAAGAUUUCAUUCCCUCAAGUAAAUAAGCAGGUCAUCAGCCAGCUUCCAGUUUACUCAUAUGAAAGGCUAAAAAAACAAAACAAAAUUUCAGAUUACUUUGAAAUUAACUUUGUUUUAAAAGUAAGAAAGAAUAUUAACUCAUAUCCUAACAUUCUUUUUUUAAGUGCCUGCUUUAUGUACAAAAAGAAGCCACAUCUAAGAGGAUCAUAAGUCUCAGGCCAUGCACAUGAUAGACAAAAACCUGAGUCUCUCAGAAAAUUCAAAUACUGCAGACCUGUUACACAUACAACAGCUGACUGAUGUAGACCAGACCUACUAUGAGUACAGUGUCCUGCCUUCCCUUCCCCAAGGCUGGUCAUGCCAUGCAUUCCUCACGUAUGCCUGAUGGCAUUCAUAGUUAUUUGCACUGUCUCUAUUGUCCCAACAAGUCUGAGAUGUAUCUUUGCUCACCCGACAUUAUCCUGACCUGUUUUCUGCAUGUGCAAAAAGAUGCUUCGGGUUUCACAGUGGUGGUAUCACUUUUUAAAGCUCUUCAGCAUUUUGCUGAAGGUAACAGUCACAGCAAAGCUACUACUCAGCCCUGAAAAACCAGCAGGAGCUGCUUGGGAUGUUGCAGAAACACAGCUGUUGCAGAUGGCAUCUGCUGUUCUGGAGACCUUUCAUAGCCCACACAGCAUUGCCAGCAGCUUUCUCCAGAGCUCUGGCCUUGCCUGGAGGGGGAUCAAGCUGUUAGUUUUCCUUAACAGAGAGAUAACAUGCAGUGAAAUUUGAAUCUUUAAUGCAUUUUCCCAUGGCUUAAUAUGCUUUCAAGUGGUUGUCUGAACCACAGAGAUAUUUCAGACAAACCUCAAUGCAGACACUGACAUGUGGCAGUGGCCUUUGGCUGCCAGUCAUGACUGUCCUCACGGAAAGCUGGACCUAGUAUAAGAACUUUUUCUUGCCUCAAGCAGUGACUUACUUAUCUUUGAUGUUUUAUUGUGUGCUCCCCACUGUAUUUGUAUUUGCUCUGAAGAAACCCAAGCCCUGGGGGGAACAUCUAAAAGAAAACAACAAGUGACAGCGCUUCUUUUCUUCCCUAUUCUCUCUCUCGCUCUUUCAUCUAUAGUCACAAGCUUUUGACAAAAGAAAAGUGAAAUAUAGUUGUUAUUAUUAAGUUAAAUUGGAGGUCCUGUGGUAACUGUGCGCAAAUUAGCGUGAACAACUCACAACUAUAAGGUUGAAGCAGGACUUGGGUUGGUUUGGGGUAUUUUUUCCCCUACAGGGGUAGCAUGGUGAAUGCUGUGGGGAGAAGAGAGGACUAGGAGUGCACUUGCUGCCUCUGUUCACAGAUAGCAGAAGCAUUGCUAGGCACAGAGCAGCCAGCUCGACCAGGAAAGGGAGACUAAAAGGAUCAGAGAACUAUGAGCUGCCACACUCAGUCAGCAUUUUGUUAUCAGUUUGGUUUCUUGUAAUAAAGAAAAUGAACUGAAAGGCUCCUCUGUCCUUUCCCCCAGCUACCAACAAGCAGCAUAGAGAACAGUAUUGGCAGUCAUUCUGCACAGCCACAAAACAAAAUAUCUGCCACAAACAGUAUCAAGGGAUUAUCCUUUGUAAUUGAUUGUACACUAUGAACUUGCAGUGCAUCUACCACAUCGCCGUGUCAGGAGCCUGCAGUGCUCUACAGAAAUAACAUGGACGUCUGCUGAAUCCAAUGUACUAACGUUUUGUUAAUAUUAUACAUGUACACUAGUCUGCAGGCUAUAGCUAUGAACAGCUGUGCAAAAGCAAUGAAACACCUAAUAUAAUUUCACUGCCAAAAAGCAAUUGGCAUAAGCUUGCAAUUAAGAAGUAUCUCUUCUUGUAUUAAAUUGUGAUAACAAAAAAAAAAAAAAUUCCUAAAAUUAAUCUGAGCUUAAACUACCUUUUGACUGACGACCAAAGCUGUUUAUCUUCAGCACGUCUGGUAAAAAAAAAAACAAACCUCGCUCCUCUACCCCAAGAGCUUCAUUGAGAAAACACAGUUCUUCCUUGGCAGAGGGGGUAACAGGCAUACUGGUAUAAUACAGGUUGUUGGCACAUUACCCACUUCCUCAAGAGAUUUGCUACUUCACGUUUUUUAAGAAAACAUGGUUAUAUAUGUCUGGGUGUAUAGUUACAUCUUUCAGCACCAGUUUUCUCAUACAACAUACAGAGAUGGUAAAAACAGUGGAGCUCAUAUUGAAAGGCCAGGCUGUGUUUGUUUGGUAUGCAUUGUUCCAAUUAAAGAUGAAGUGAUUAAAAUGUAUCCUAGUUUCCAGUGUAAAGGAAACCUAACCUAUAGUACUACUAAUGAAAUCAUCAUCAUGAAUAAGCAACUGGGAAAAGAGGGAGGGGGGCAUUCUUUUGUUUGUAAAUAAGCUACAGCUUCAUGGUCAAAAGCAUGCUGUUGCUCUUCCAGCAUUGACGUUCUACCACAGAAAGCAAGGAUGAACUUUUACUGUAAUUGGACCCAUUAUUCUAAUGCAGAGUAAACACCAUCCUGUACCUUCCGCAGAAGCUAAAUGGUGAAUAGUCCAUUAAAUGGUGCUAAAUAUUGGUAUGAAGGUGGUACAGACUUACUGAAGAGAAUUUAAAAAUAAAAAAGAAAAAAGUGUAUUUGGGGAAUAAUUAAAGAUGUACUAUCCCACUUUUCUCUAUUGCUUAAAUGUCAACUAUGAUUUGAGUUGGUUUGUUCAGAUUAACAUGAAACUGCUUACAAAAGUUUCUUGUUCAUACAUAAUCUUGGCAGACACCAGUUUAUAGUAAAAUAUGUACGCUCCCACUGUCAAAAAUUUAUAUGGUUCUAUCUGCUAUUUCUAUUUUCUUGUUAGCUAUGAGACAACUUACUGUUAUAAAUCUUAAUUACAAAGUUUCUAAUGUUAAGGUGUAAUCUUUUGAGCUCUCAAAUCAGAUAAAAUGAUAAAGUCACAAAUUAUGAGAACCUCAGCCAUAAAAUUGUUAAUAUGUUUAUGUUAUUUUAAACAUUUAAUAAAACAAAAUAUUUUAAAACUA